AUGGUACAAGUGACCCCACCAACUUUCCCGCCGACCCUCGUCGAUCUCAGCAGAAAUGCAUCUGUCAUAUCAUCAUCCUCCGAAACUGACAUCCCAUCUGAAUCACAAAAGUCUUCCCGCCCACGACCAGCACGCACUUUCUCUUCCCCGCGUUCCCAAAGCCCACAGCCCAGAAUUGCUACUCCCUCCAAACCACCAACUUAUCUCACUCGUGAACUCGGAGUAUCCAGCCGUCAAGAACUCCCACAACCCCAACAGCAGACCAAGGAGAGGAGCAAGAGCAGGAAGAGAUCACGAGAGGCAAGUAGGGCGAGGAGUGCAAAUGGUAGACUGGGGGCCCAAGAAUUUACUUUUGGAGACACCCUUGGAGAAGGAUCUUACUCGACAGUAAUGCGUGCACGAUAUAUCCGAACUGGUCAGGAAUACGCUAUCAAGAUCCUUGACAAGAAUCAUCUCAUUCGAAAGGACAAGAUGCUCGUUGCCCUCGCAGAGAAAAAUGUUCUCGUCAAACUGGGUGCCGGUCACCCAGGUAUCAUACACCUACACUGGACCUUUCAGGACGAGUGGAGCCUAUUCUUCGUCCUUGACUUGGCGUCCAAUGGGGAGAUGCAAUCUCGCAUAUCACGCCUCGGCUCCCUAAGCCUCACCUCUUCCAGAUAUUACGCAGCACAGAUCGUCGACGCACUGGAGUAUAUGCACGGGAAAGACGUCAUUCAUAGAGACCUCAAACCCGAAAACCUCCUUCUAGAUGACCAGUUUCGAAUAAAGAUUACUGAUUUUGGUACCGGAAAGAUAUUAGAGAACGGAGCGGACAGAGCCAAAACAUUUGUGGGCACCGCGCAAUACGUCGCGCCAGAGUUGCUAGAGAGCAACGAGACAAGUAAGAGCUCGGAUCUCUGGGCAUUUGGCUGUAUAAUAUAUCAAAUGAUCUCUGGCCGAUUCGCAUUCCAAGGCCUCAGCGAAUACCUCACCUGGCAAAAGAUCAAGUCUCUCGACUACACCUUCCCAGACGGGUUCGACGAAGACGCCAAGGACCUCAUACGGCGUCUCUUUGUACACGAUCCGACACAACGGCUCGGCGCCGGCGGUCCAGACUCUGCUCACUCAUACGCGGCACUUCGAGCACAUCCAUUUUUCGCGUCUGUAUCGUGGGAGACGCUGUGGACCGACCCUGCACCUCUUUUGGAGGCGGGGCUGGUGAAGAAGGAGGUACCUGCGGCAGAUGAGGUGGAGGGGGAAAAGUGGAAUGAUUUAGGAGAGAUGUGGGAUCGAUUAGUGGGUGGUCAUGCUGAUGUGGGUAGCAGUGGGGAUGGUGAGGUAAGUGGGGAUGGCGUGGGAUGGGCAGAGGACAGUGAGGGGACGAUGUUGCAUUCAUUCAAGACAAGGUAUGCGGAAGAGGGCCCGAUGGGAGAGAAUCCGGAUUAUCUUGUAUGGCAAUCAAGGACGAGUGAGGGGAGGAUGAUGCCGGGGCUGGAAGAAGAUCUGGAAGAGACGCAGACGGUCGUUGACGAGCACGAGCACAACACUGCAUUACCGGAAAUACAGACCUUUCCACCACCAACGCAGGAUGGAGCGGAACCUUUAGUGAACGGAACCGGUUCAGGCUCUAGCUCUUCUGACGGGAGCCCCAUCAUGAGGAUUGGCUCAGCUACUGAGGCAAAGCUGGAUCCAAGCCUAUCGCGCGGACGGAAUCGUGCGCAGACUCCGGUACAGGGUAACGGGCCAUGUUCGAAUGCAGAUUGGUGCGUCGUUGAUGUACUCAAGUUAUAG